AUGCGGGACUUGGGACUGGCCCCAACCCGUCCCUCCCAGGGGCAGCCGGAGGGGGACGAGGAGGAAGAGAAAGAGAGUGACGGGAAAUCAAAACUCCAACAAGAACCAAAGCCCUUCCGCAAGGAUACGGGUGUAGGUAAAUCGAGUAUCGUGUGGCGGUUUGUGGAAAACAGUUUUGAUCCAAACAUCAACCCAACGAUAGGGGCAUCUUUUAUGACCAAGACUGUCCAGUACCAGAAUGAGCAGCAUAAAUUCCUAAUCUGGGAUACAGCUGGCCAAGAGCGAUUCCGGGCCCUGGCGCCGAUGUACUACCGGGGGUCGGCCGCCGCUAUCAUCGUCUACGACAUCACGAAAGAAGAAACGUUUUCCACACUGAAGAACUGGGUGAAAGAGCUCCGGCAGCACGGGCCCCCCAAUAUUGUCGUGGCCAUCGCCGGAAACAAGUGUGACCUCAUAGAUGUCAGAGAAGUCAUGGAGAGAGAUGCCAAGGACUAUGCCGACUCCAUUCACGCAGUCUUUGUAGAGACCAGCGCCAAGAAUGCCGUAAACAUCAACGAGCUCUUUAUUGAAAUCAGUCAGAGAAUCCCGUCCACUGACGCCAACCCUCCUUCGGGCGGGAAGGGCUUCAAACUGCGGAGACAGCCUUCAGAGCCCAGGCGGAGCUGCUGCUGACGAGCCCCCACCCCUGCAACUUUGGGCUGUGCUGGGGGUCCCGAGCAGGGGGCUGGGGUCCCCGCCCGAACAGUCUCGGACCUUCUUCUCAAACAGAGGAAUCCCCGAGAUGGACCAACCUGUCCUCCUGCCGUCACCAGCCCUGGCCCCUGGUCUGGGGCUCCUGCUAUGAGAGGAGCCCGUGGCCACAGAGGUGCCCGUCACUGGGCUUGGACUUGCUGCCCCAGCACGUAACGUAUCGGUGUGUGGAUGAUAGGGUUACAUUGUUGAGUAGUUUUGUAAUCAAGAUUUUAUGUACCAUUUGUAAAGGGAAAAGUAACACUUUUCAUAGUUCUUGAGUGGGGGUUGAGAGGGAGGACCUUGUGGAGAUGACUGGGGCCUCUGUUCCCCACUGCAGCUGUCCCCGGGGCUGUGGGACGCUGGAUGAACGUGAACGCAGUGGGCCUCCCCCAGCCGAAGGAGGCCCGUUAAAAUUUGACAUGCAGGUGAUUCUUCCUAAGACUGCUGUAGAGGAUUCCGGCCCCCUGCCACGUCUGAAGCACUUUCCAUUGAAAAUGUCAGCCCAGCCCGCAGACAGUGAAUGAACCACGGCACAGCCCACCCUCGACUCCUCUCUGUCUACCACGCACCUUCUUCAGUAAGCCCUCCCCCCUGGGGAGCACAGAGCACCUCUGCAGGGUAGUGGGUUUCCUGUGUUCUCAGCUGGCUGGUAGUGGGGCAGGUGGGGAUGUGGGAAGAAAGGAGAGGACAUGGUGGCUGGCUGCCUGUUCCCUUAUUUCACAUGCCCAUGUUUUUUUUUGUGGGGAGGGCAUCCACGCCAAGCACUCAUCAGCUUGGUGUCUGUUGCUGAACCCAGGGUUCAAGGUGUUUUCCAUUGUGUAAAUACGUCAGUAAACCCAGAGUUUGACUCUCCAGAGGGCCUCACAGCCUCUUGCCGGGCCCCUAGUUCUCAGCCCACCCCAACACGCACUGGAGGUCAAUCUCUUUGUGCAGAGAGACGCCCUUCAAAGAUCCCUCUGCCCCCCAUGCACCAAACUCCCACCCGAGGGUCAGAAUAGAGACAUGCAGGGCCCCUCCAACCCAAACUGUCACCAUCGACUGGAUUCCGGCCACAGGUUCCCCCCAGGACAAAGCAGAACUGCCCACAGCAUUUCCCUUGUGCCUCCCCUUCCUCCCGCAUCACAGCUUCGGGGCUCAAACGCCAGGCCCAGUGCCUAACCCACUGCGCCACCCAGCCACAAGAUGCCGUCCCCAGCGCAAGUGGCUUGUUGAACGUUGGUCCUACGGGUCUUGCUCUGGCUGCGGCCAGCAGCACCUGCUCUGCGGGUUCUGCUCGUUAUCAGCGUUCAUUCUCCCCCCUGUGAGGAGCGGUCAGCGCUCCUUUCCCUCAGGGAGCCUAAUGAGGUUUUUAAUAUCAUCUAAAAAUAAAGCACUGAGUGAAGGUGGUGAAAAUUUGUUCCUGGUCUAAUUUGGCACCCUUCCAACCUGCGUAUUGUAAGAAGAGGAAAUUUACAAGAUUAAAUAGGAAAUGAAACAGCUUGAAUUUCAAACUAAAUGGUGUUUUCAACACCAUCCUUAAACUGAACCAGUCAAAACUUUAAAAAAAUAAUUGUUAUUCUCUGUGCUCCCCCCAGCACACACACUUGAUCGAGUUGGAUCUUAAUGGGGAAAUUGUAAGUCGAACCGAGGAAAGCACCUCCCGCGGCCCUGCUUUGUGUCUCGGGCCCUUGAGCUUGUUCCGCUCCACUGCAGCUGCGCUGGAAGAGUCGUGAGUGCCGUGUGCCAUCGAGACACGCGGACCCGCCCAGCUGCCGCCCCAGGCCUCGAAAACAAGAUUCCCUGGGCUGGACCCAGCACCCAACGCAGUUAGGCUCUCAUCUGCUUGGAGAUGCACCAGGGGCCACUGUCCCCCAGGACACCCCUCACAUGACCACGGCAGCACAAACAGGUCCUCUGGCCCACAGCGCAGAGGGUGCCAUGCAGGCAUGCUUGGCCCUUUCUGCCUCCUUUCUCCCAAAGGUGACACCAGCCCAAGACCCUUGCGGUUUGCCCCCAAACACCUUGGUGACCAUGGUAGACACUUGUGAGUUCCGUCCCCACAGCAAGCAGCUGGGUCGUCCCCUUACGUUCCCUCCAUCACGGCCAUGGUGUGGUUUGGUUCUCAGCAGCAUCAGUACCCUGUCACUUGUGCGCCACCACUCUCCCUCGUGUGCCCUGGGCUCCACUGCCCCUCCCCUCAUCGCUGCCCGAGGGUGUGGACAUGGGGACUUCAUCUUGGCCCCAGAGUCACACCCUCAUUAAAAACAGCCCGGACGUUGUUCCCUGCGCCCUCUGUCUGCAGGUGUUGGAGACACCUUGGAAUUGUUACCUCGCCUGUGCUACAGCCUAGUACUCAGCCUCCGUCCUUAUUGUUUCAUUGUUAUUGCUGUUGUUGUGAGGAAAGGCUAGGGUUCAAAGGGAACGAACGAUACUUGAGAAUUCUAUUCCAGAAACUGUCCCCUGUCCUCCGCUGACGCAGGGCCACUGGGAGAAAGUUUGGGGACAGGAAAGGAGAGAACAGGCAUUAAUUGGCCACGAGUGCAUAUCAUCCCUCCCGAGAGGUGGCAGUGAGCUCUUUGUAGGUGUCCAAUCCCAGCAGCCACCGGUCGGCCUCGUGAGUGCUCCCUUCACCCCAAGUGCUUUCUGAUGACGCGUUACCUAAUUAACUGUCAUUUGGUGAUUUAAAGAACAUAAAGUAAGAGUAUGAUUAAGUGCCCUUCAUGUCCACCCACUCUGCAAGAAGUGAUUGGGGCGAAGUACCAGCUGCCAGUCCUGGCUCCACACACAACCACCGUCACCUACUCACCACCCCCAGCAGGACACGAGCCUCGCUCUGCCUCGGAUCAUUGUCUCCCACUGCUGCUCAGUGGGAAGGGACUGCCCACUGGACAAAGACUCCCAGAAGCUGACCCAGUCCGGGCAGGCCCCACCAGUCAGCAUGAGAGGCCUGCGCUCCCUCAGAAGAGCUGGUGUCUCCGGGGUCCUGUGGACCGUCAUUGUUACAUGCAGAAAGGCAACGAGAACCACGUUUCACUCUAGAGAUCCUCUUAAAUCUUGGCUGUGUACUUCUGUCCUCAAGGAGGAAAUCACAGCUCGGUGGCCAGAGGCACGCCCUGGGGCGAGGGUGGCAGCCUCCCUCCCAGGGACAGUAGCCCGGGCCCCUGUGUCCCCUGUGAGGUGUGAGUAGAAGGAAGGCCUGGCAGCAGCUUUGGGCAGGAAAGGCCUUUAUUUGCUCAUGGGGGUUGAUCUGAGAGCCAGCUUCCGAAGAAGCGGGGCCUUUUGUAUUACUCUGUUCCCCUCUUCAGAACACACAAGCAACUUGGCUUAGGGACCCUUACCAUGAGGUGGGGGUGGUGCCUGCUGGCAUAUAGACACUGCUGAGCCCCUCCCUAGGCUUUGCCUGAAGCCUAAGAGAGCGACCAGGAGUGCUGGUGACCUAGUAGGUUACAGGUUAGGCUGAAAAUUGCAGGGUCAGUUCAAAACCACCAGCUAUGCUGCAGCAGAAAAACGAGGCUUCCUACUCCUGGAACCCACAGGGGCAGUUCUACUCUGAUCUGCAGGGUCACUAUGAGUCGGGAGCAGCGUGAUGGCAGAAGUGAGUGUGCGGGUUUGGUGGGUCAGGGUGAGUGGCGGGGGGAAGUUGCCACAUGUCCCCGGGGCGCUCACCUGGUCCCCAUGCCUGCCUGUUGAAGAGCCUUUCAUGAGUCCAGGCAAACUUGGCACCAGAGGAAGGGGAGCUAAGCAUUAGAAGGCUUACUGAAAGGUCAGAGCUUCGAACCCACCAGCAGCUGCACUUGAGAAAGCCCCAGUCUGUUCUCAUCAAGAUGGCGGACCACCUAGAAAGUCCUGCGGCAGGUGGUUCUGCUCUGCCCCGCGAGUGGGCUAGACCAACAGCCCCAAAGGCGACAUGAGAAGGCGUGAGUGUGAACCGCGUGGCCGUUUCGACCCGUGUCCCACACAACGGCUCACAGUGGGACCUCCAAAGGCACACACAUACCCCAUGAUAGCCAUCAUGGCUCAUCCAGACCCCAGAAUGGACUGCUCCCGGUAGAUAUUUGAAGAUUGCCUCCACUCUUCAAAAGGACCCCUGGACGCACGGUGCCCUGUGGUUCAGAAAGGCUGGGCUGGGAAGGAAGCUGCCCUGAGCUGCCUGCCCCUCACUCCCCAGUAAUGGCAUCCAGGCAAUCUGGGGCCUCGAUUUACAGGACACAUGGAUGGAAUUCUGGGGCCGCCGCGCUAUUUUAUUUGCAAAUGGAAGUUCUUGAAGAUAUUAGAAGGAUCUUCUAUUUUUUCAUAAGUCUCCCCGUCACCUGCUAUUUUUUUUUGUUUUGUUUUACGUGUAGGUAAGAGGGCAACCUGUGGAGAUGAAGUUUCACGGGGACAUGAGGAGAGUGAAGAAACAGAAGCAAGACUUUGCACAUUUCCCAGUCUGUGCUUCCAUAUUCGCUUAGCUUAUAGGAAAAUGAUUUACUCUCCAAGCCGAGCAGGGCUCCCAGUAGCAUAGAUCAAGCUUAAUUUGAUGGCAUGUAACAUCAGAAAUAACUAAUAUCUGCCGUGUGUGCUGCUCUCGGGAUAAUCCAUUUCAGACCUGCUAGAGCCUCUCCCAGCUUCAAAACAAAAGGCUGUGGAAGUUUACUAAAAAGGGAAAAAACAAACAUCGGGGAACUUUCCAGCAAUGGCUGUUCUGUGACGUUGGGCACUUUGAGGUGGCAGGGUGAUAGGCGGGUGCUGCAGGCAGACACCAACAUGAAAACCAGGUGUCUGACAGGUUUAACAACCGAGGAAAAAAUAACUUUCUAAUUUGUCCACCAGUUCAAUUUUAGAGCUGUAUGGUGCCAGGCGCCUUGUCAAAAAGCUUCCUAAUUGAAUCGAACCAACUUUGGGGGAGCUUUCUGUGAAUAGGGCUCCAGGCCCCAGGCUCCGUUAACCAAUCAGCAGGCAGUCCUGGGAGUCUAGCCCUUUGCUUGCUCCUCGUGGAAGAGAGCUAUCGACUGACCGUUUCUGGGCUUCCUGCAGCAAACAAAGCAGGCCACUUGCCUCGAGGGCUCACUUGUGCUGGACAUGGGGGCAAAUCACCUUCCAGAAAAAGCUCUAAGCAGAGGGCCUGUAAUAUUUGGGGAGAACUGGAACUUUCCAUCAACUUCAGCAUCUUCCGUCACGUGUAAAAACUGACCACACACACACCAGCGGGCAGCCUGAGCCCACUGCCCAUUCAGCUGGCACAGGACAUCUCUUCACUGAUGAGAGUAACCUCUAGGGCAGCAGCCCCAUGUCCCCUGGCCACGCCAGAGCAGCACCAGCCUCUGACCAACACUCUCCACCUUUGUUUGGGCUUUAAUCUGGUAGCAUUUGUCCGUCUGUGCAUUUACCAUGUCCCUGCCAUGAAGUCCGCUCCGGGUCACCACGCCCCUGGAGGACAGAGCGUAUGUAAGACUGUGUAUCUUACGGGGGCAGAAGGCCCUAUCUUUCUCAUGCACCGCGGUUGAUGGAUACGAACCGCCGACCUCAGCAUCCCAGUGCCUGAUUUUGCAUGGUGUUGCAGGCUUACCCCUCUCCCCCGCAACAAGCCUGAGAGCAGCUCCUGGGUUGGCUCGUCUCCUUGUGUCAUGCAGGAUUGCUGCUUACAUCGAUUGCAGAUCCUCCUGUUACCAGGAUAGUCGCACAGAUAAGUGGAUGGCUCCCCUCCUUUGUCCUGGCCAUUCCCACCUGUCUGUGAUGCUCUGGGUCACACCGUAGGGGGCCACCAUCCCCCUGGCCGCCUUGAGGACGUACAUCAUGCCUCCUCUGACUAAAGCCAAUUUCUUGCCUUAGCGCCCCUUCCCUGGCGACUGUCCCCUGAUGGCACGUGGCGUCAGCCACCUUCCCUUUCCCAUGCUGCCUUACAGGAGUCCCAGGCACAGGGCUCGCCUGCUAGAGGAAGAGCCAGGACUUGCAGCACAUCAUCGUCAGAACGGGUGACAACCUUCCUGUGGCCCCCGGCAGGGACGGGGACAGGCAAUUUCAGCAGUUGGUGUCACGUGAGCCUCCCUUGGUUUGUGAUGGAGACUGCCCAACUCAGACAGCUUUGAGAGGAGCCACCUCAGAGACAUGGCGAAUGCUCCGCCUGGCCGGGGCCUGAUUGAUUUCAACGAGUCACACUUGUGUGCCUUUAGACGACAGCAUCUCCUAUGAAAAAAUAAUAUCAAUCAAAUAAAGUUAAGUUGCUUGCACUUUGGGUCGCUUUGCACCACUGUAAAUACCAGCCCUGAUGUGUGGCCGUGGCUUCCGUGCCUGGCACGUCUCCUGGUGACCCCAGGAGGAAGCAGGCACGCUGGUUUGCCAAGUAGAUCUGGAUGUCUGGAGACCUUAUUUUUGCAGUCUUAACCUUGGGCUGGACCUGAGUCUUAUGUAAAUCCUAUGCUACCUUGUACCGUUCCGUGAUGCUGACCCGAGAAUGCAAGGCCUUUUUGACGCUGGCUAUGAGAUUUCUCUUUUUAUACGGAAUGCUGAUAGUGGAGAGUUUGCGGUGCAAGGUUGAUUUGGCAUCCUGUCAGUUGUACUGCUGGAGCCAAAGUGUUCUAUAGUGAAUGAACGUUUGUCGACUCUGAAAACGCUAAAGCACUCUGGAAUUGUGGUAUUGUCAGGAGGAGGAGGAGGGCGUCCACAUUUUAUUAAUAAAAUGCUAUGUUUACAAGUCUA